AUGGCAAUACAAUCUAAAAUCGAUUGUUUUUUAAUUAUUCAAUUUGGUUUAUUGCUAAAUUUAGCAAUAGCUAUAAAAUUUGAAGAUAUUAUCGUUGAAAAUGGAAUUGAUGAAGAAACAAUACUAACAGCUGAUGAUUUUGCAAAAGUACCUAAAGAAGAAUUUGAUCUUACAUUAUUAGGUAUUCAAAUAAGAUCUGAUCCAACAAUGGGUAAUAUGAGUGAAGGUGAUAUUGUUUUACCAAAUUUUAAAGAAUUUAUUGAUUAUCGAAAUAAUCGUUUACAACGAAGUGCUGUAAGACAAUUUUACAGACGUUGGCCAAGCGGUGAAAUACCAUAUACUAUUAGUUCACGAUACGGGCCAUACUCACGUUCAGUAAUUGCAAAAGCAAUGAAAGCAUUUCAUGAUAGAAGUUGCGUUCGAUUUAUCCCACGUGAUAUUAAUCAACAUGAUGAUUAUCUUUACAUUACGCCACAUGAUGGUUGCUAUUCAUUAGUUGGACGUGCUGGUGGACGUCAACCGGUUUCAUUAGAAGCGGAUUGUAUUCAAUCCGGUACCAUAAUUCAUGAAUUAAUGCAUGCUGUUGGCUUUUUUCAUGAACAAUCCAGACCUGAUCGUGAUAACUAUAUUGAAAUUAUGUGGCAAAAUGUGAUGCGUGGUGCGGAAGAUCAAUUUGAUAAGCAUAGUCUACGACAUAUUGACUUACUUAGUGAGCCAUAUGAUUAUUCAUCAAUUAUGCAUUAUGGACCAUAUGCAUUUAGUGGCAAUGGACGUCGGACAAUUAUUGCUCUGAAGCCUGGUGCAGGAAGAAUGGGACAACGUGAAUCGUUAUCAAAAAUCGAUAUACGAAAAAUCAAUAAAUUAUAUUCUUGUCCACGAAAAUCAGGAGAAAAAAUUACUGAUGAAGAUUCCACUGAUGAUAAUGCUGAGGUUACGAAAUCAAUAGUACCACUCAAACCUAUUGAUGAAUGUACUGAUAAAAGUUGGCGUUGCAUCAUUUGGUCAUUACCAAUUUUCGAUUAUUGCUUGACCAGUGAUACAAUUGCUAAUGAUUUAUGCCCGAAAUCAUGUGGUACUUGUUCUGAUCAAUUGAUACAUGAACCGAUGACAUCAACAACAGCAGCGACAACGAUAAAGGCUGAAAUAGGAUCGAUAAUAACAUUAGGCUUACCACCAGAAGUGCCUAUUAAUAUCAACAAUAUCAAUGCUAAGAAAACACGACAUUUAGCUACUACUAUUAUCCCUCCUAGUACUAUUAUAUCUACUGGUAUAUCAACAGUCAUUUCUGAACAUAAUACAACUUGCCAUGAUCAUGAUUCUUCAUGCCCAUUAUUGGUGAGAGUAUUUGAUUGUGAUGGAUUUUUUCCACAUUUUUCGAUGAAAAAUAUUUGUCCCUUUUCGUGCGGUUCUUGCUCGGACAAUAACGUCAAAAAUAACGCCAACAACAACAACAACAACAACAAGGGCAAUAAUAAGGACAAUAAUUACAUUAACAAUAAAACACCAAAGAAACCGGUAAAAUUAUGCGAAGAUCAGAGCAAUAAUAUAAUAUGUAAAUUAGCACUUUUUUUCAAUGAAUGUGAUGAAAAAAUGAAUUUAUGUGCGAAAACAUGCGGUGCUUGUUGA